CGGAAGGAGGAAGUCGCGCUGCGGAGUCUCGGCUGAUGCACAGAAGCGGGCGAUUUGCAGCCACUACUGAGUCGCCGGCGAUACAUCGCAGCCCCGACCUGUCCCAUCCCAUUCCAUCCCCACCCACCGCACAUGAUACCGCCUGUGUCCUGCAAUCGCUCCCAUCGCCAUUGGCAUUUCUUCCCACAUUUACGACCGGAAAUUUAAAAAAAAACACAAUCAAGUGGCGUGACUUUUCGAGAUGGCUCUGGCAAUGCAUGUGGGAAUACCAAGCGAUAAGUUAUGACUUGGACGAGGAAAUAAAUCAAAGCUAUGAUGAAUUUACUGGAAGCGAAAACUGAAGCUGGCGUUUUUUUUCGUAAAUCUAUUUUCUCAACAAAAGCAUCAUGUUUUGCCCGACCUCGGGCAUGGAGUGACGUUUAGCCUGGUUUAUGUGAUUUGAUGUAUCACUACAAAGUCGUUGUCUUCAAUCAAGCACCAUGUGGUCGAUUAUCAGAUUUGAAAAUCUUCAUGAACUGAAAAGAAUUUGUCACUGGGGACCAAUUAUAGCCAUAUCUGUGAUUACAGUAUGUUCAUCAAUGGCCGUUAUAGACUCAGUGCUUUGGUAUUGGCCCCUCGAUACUCCAGGUGGAAGUAUAAAUUUCAUUAUGUUGAUAAACUGGACAGUUCUUAUACUUUACAAUUAUUUUAAUGCAAUGUUUGUUGGCCCUGGUUAUGUGCCAAUUGGAUGGAAGCCGGAAAAUUUUCAUGAUGCAAUGUAUCUUCAGAACUGCAGAAUCUGUCAUGGUUACAAGGCACCCCGAUCACAUCAUUGCCGAAAAUGUAAUAGGUGUGUGAUGAAGAUGGAUCAUCAUUGUCCAUGGAUCAAUAAUUGUUGUGGUAAUUUUAACCAUGGCUACUUUACCUUAUUCCUGAUAUUAGCACCUAUGGGUUGUAUUCAUGCUUCUGUGAUUUUAAUCAUGACCAUGUACACACAGCUUUAUAACAGGAUAUCAUUUGGUUGGAGUUCUGUAAAAAUUGAUAUGAGCAUGACUCGAAGCAAUCCACAGCUCAUCAUUCCUUUUGGUAUUUAUGGAUUUGCUGCCUCUCUCUUUGCUUUAGGAUUGGCAAUCGGUACAACAAUUGCUGUUGGAAUGUUGUUUAUAAUUCAGAUGAAAGUGAUUCUUAGAAACAAAACAUCCAUUGAAGUUUGGAUAGAAGAAAAGGCCAAAGACAGAAUCCAGUAUUAUCAAACUGGUGAGCACUUCGUUUUUCCAUAUGACCUUGGAAGCAAGUGGAAGAACUUCAGGCAGGUGUUCACGUGGUCUGGGCUUCCUGAAACAGAUGGAAUUGUCUGGCCUGUUCAUGAAGGCUGCCAUCCAUACACAUUAACGAUAGAACAGCUGAAGCAGAAAGCUGAUAAAAGAGUGAGAAGUGUUCAAUACAGAGUGAUUGAAGAUUACAAUGGAGCUUGCUGUCCUAUAACGAAAGGUUUCAAAACAUUUUAUAACACACCUUGUACUGAAGAGCCCAGAAUUCAGCUGAAAAAAGGUGAACUGGUUUCGGCCACAAGAGGUUUGAGGCACUGGAUGUAUGGCGACAAGAACUUAAAGAAAAAUGCCUAUAUUGGAAAGCAUGAACGAGGCUGGUUCCCAAGAAAAUGUGUUGAGAAAUACUUAAAUGGCCCUGCCACAGAUAAAAGAACAGAAGAGGAAAAAAAGAAUUUCUGAUAGUUAUUGGCACCGGUUCUUUUGACAACAGAGUUGGUGAUGGUCUUCUACAGGAUCUCUUUUCCGAUGCUUUCUUUUUCACAUUUAAUUUCGAAUCGACUUGUUUUGAUAAAGCAGUUGCAUGUCUUUUAUAAUCAAAGAAGUUCCUUUACAUUUUCAAAUGUUUAUGAAACAAUCUAAUUAUGGUGAUAGAGAUUUGAGAGGCGAUUUGCAAUUUUGAAACAAUAAAUUGUCUUCCCUUUCA